AUGCAUCUUAUUACUCUUUUUGUCUCCGUCUUCAUCACCUUGGCUUUUAUUGGCGUCGACUACACUCUGGCUAAUUGCGAUUGCGACCCCACGAGUCACGGAUGUCUCGACCGUUGCAUCAAUGAAGCCCGCUCAUGUAUCGCCGACUGUAACACCAGAGCCUUAGGCAAGAACAGCGACGAAGGCAGCUGUCGUAAUCAAUGUCUCCAAAGAUACUGGCCUGAAAUCGACGUUGACAGCAAGGUUAACCCCCAAAACGCCGUAGAAGAAGAAGACACCAUGUUCAAUAGCAACGUCGAUGAAAAGCCCGAGCUUGUUGAAGAAGAAGAUAAUGCUGUUGCUGAUGAAGGUGACGAGGCCGCAUUAAACCAACAAGUAGAAGUGAACGUGGAGGAGGAACAAAAUGACAUCAAGACACCAUCCAUUGCCGAAGAAGAAGAACAAAAACAAGAGGAGAACGAAAUGGACGGAGCUGAGAUGAGCAUUGAUGAGGAGAACCUUGUGGAUGAUGAGGAUAAUAACGACGCCGAUUUGAUGGAAGAAAAUGUUUACGAAGGAUACAGCAGUGAUGAACAGCUUGCUCCUGAGGAAGACGACCACGAAGAAGAGGACGACCGCGAAGAAGAAGACGAUGAGACUGAAGAACUCGCUGGUGGUAACGAUGCUACUACGAAUGAUCAGCAACAACACAGAAAUAACAUUUUUGCCGUUAUUUCGUCUCACAAAAAAGAAAAUCAUGAUGACGAGCAGCAGGAAACAGAGGACGACGAGGAAUACCAUGAGGAGGUUACACAGGACGAAACCGCUUCCGGCGAAAAGGCAGCACCUGCUCCUGUUGAUGCUUACUUUGACAGCAAUCCCGCCGAAAGCGGCACUAAUGGACAGCCUAAUCUUCUUACUGUUACUGCGUAUUCAACCAUGACCAGCCAUGUCACUGUUAUGCCCAACGGCAGUCCUAUUUCAACCCACGGUCCUUCUCAUGGCCCUGAUGGCAUGGACGUUGAUAUCAAUGGUGCCGUCGGUAAUAUGCAAUCAUCUUCUGCCAUCGUUAUCUUGAUGGCUAUGGCUUGCGCCUAUUUCAUUGCUUGA